AUGGCACGACAGUCGAAGGAUGUUGAGAUCCUCGUUCACGUAGCGGCGCCGAGUAGGACCGCGGACGACGUCACGUAUCGCCGACUCGCGCAGGCGUAUCUCUCCUUCACAGCCGACAGACGGACCAGAGUGGCAAGCAUAGCAGCGACCGAUGAGCCUGAGAGAAGCAGUCCGGCAGCGGCAGAAGAACCCCCGCCCUCCUUUCAACCGCCAAGACUGCCGUCGUCGUCUCAAGGGUACGCCACGGCAGCCCCCGAGCUCGCCUUCGGCCCAGACUCGCAGGAUCUGAGCUUCCAGAGCGCGUGGGACAAUCGCUCGUCGCCAUGCCUCCCACCUGCGAGCCACGAUUCACCUCGUUCGUCACUGUCGACGUCACAGAUGAAUCGCGACGCGAUACCGGCGCUGUCGUCCUUUUGCGUCCCGCCGAGUCAGAUCAGUGACUCUUACCCGCUCCCCGAUCCGUCUAUCCUCCAGGACACACCGACGAGGAUCCUCCAGCGGUUUCUGAACCGGCCUCGGGCGUCUACGGAUACGUCCACGUCGCCUUCACCGACUAAAAGGCGCCAAUGGCGCAGGGAUGGCACCGCAGACAACGACGAGACCAUCGACGUCCCGUCCUCCUUUCCGGCUCCGACCCAAGACGAGGUGGAUUCUAACACGUCCGUCGUGUCUCUUGGAGAACACAAGGUUAUUCCGGUGACGCCCCUUGUGCCUCAUUUGCCGCCAGGGGGCCGGAAACGAAAGACCGAUGUUCGCGAAGAGGAGCAAUCUGUGAUCGAUGUCACCCACAUAUCCAGCAGUGUGUUGAGCAACCCGCCAACGUCUUCACCUCACCGCGCCGGGUCAGAGCCGCUGCCGUCAAAGAAGGCACAGACAGCAUUCGGUGGUAUCGAUGCUCUCUCUCUCUUGCGCAGCUCCAGCGAUACGGGUCGCCUGCGCUCGUCUAAUCUCACAGCCGUGGACGAGGUUGCCAACCGACUGGAGAUCAGGCCUCCCUCACCGCCCAUUGGAGUUGAUCAUGUCAAACCCCAAGACCUCGUCACCGACAGGCUCGCCAAGCUGGCCCUGGACCUGUCCUCGCGCUACCACCCCGUGGAGUUGCGCCCCGUGGAACCGCUCGAGCGCGGCUACUGGCUAAUCGACUGCUCGCGCUGGAGCUCAGAGAAGCGCCUCGAGGCUUGGGUCUUCCUCACCAACUACCUCCACAAGGGCCUCGCGGGCUGGGGCGUAUGGUGCCGACGCGAUGCCGCUCACGGCUGGAUCCGCCUCUACUGCUGGGGUUGCGUCGUCAAGCACACGUAUCUGCUGCUGUACCUCGCCAGCGCUCGGCAGAUCAAGACGACGAGGGCGAAAUGGAUCGGCAGCGACGGCGAGAUGGCGUUGGAAGUGCCGGCGCGGGACCGGCGGUCAUGA